AUGGCCAACAAGGAUUACCAGCGCAAGCAGUUCUUGCGCGAAUUCUAUCGGCACUCGAACGAACUUUUGACGGAGGAGGACAAAAAUUAUCUCUACAAUGUCUUAAAGGAGUACCAGUCUUAUAAACAGGUUGACAAACUCGUCGAGUGUCUGAAUUCUGCACUGGAUACGCCGGAGAAAAAAGAUCUCCUGCACGAGAUACGAAACCUUAUUCCACUCUCGCAUCUUCAAGAGUUCGAUAGUGUCGCCCCCUAUCAUGAGAUGAAGCAUCCGAUACAUCCGUCGACCAAUCAUGUUCAAUUUAAGAAGAAGCGACAUCGGACAAUUGACGGGCGGGGACAAAAGGGCAUGAGGGCGAAGAAUCAAAUUAACUUAAGUGCUUCUUUACCCAUUCAUGGUCAGACGUUGAGGGAGGACCCAGGUCUCUUCAAAGUCAUCACAUUGAACAAGGAGGGCGAUGAAGAACUUGGGCUCAGCAUCCGAGGGGGGAAGGAGCAUGGCCUCGGAAUCUAUGUCAGUGAUGUGGAGGAGGGGUCACUUGCUGAACACGCUGGCCUGGAAAUGGGCGACAACAUCGUGGAAGUCAAUAACGUGAGCUUCGACAGCAUUGCGUCUAGUAGCGCCAUCAAGGUGUUUGCUGGGAGUUACAGGCUGCGCAUUGUUAUCCGGCGGACGGGCAAAGUGCCUGGGGCCAAGUUCAGCAAGGAAAAGGUGUCAUGGUAUGACACGUCCAUGGGGUCGAUUAUUGAAGGCCAAUUCGACGACUCGUUUACCAAUGGUUUUACCAGUGGUAUGCCAAUGUUAAAUGGAUUGACAGAGCGGAGGGUUAAUCUGACGAUAAAUUCUGAAGAUGAUUUCCUUGGAUUUAACAUCAGAGGUGGAAGCGAAUACGGUUUGGGAGUUUAUGUAUCAAAAAUUGACGAAGGUGGACUUGCUCAGCAAAAAGGCAUCCUGAUGGGUGACCAGAUAGUGGAUGUCAAUGGUCAGAGUUUCGAGGAUAUAUCACACACGGAUGCUGUCGACUUCUUAAAGACGCAGAAACAACUCAUGCUCACUGUCAGGGAGGUUGGCCGAUAUCCUUUAUACAAAAUGAUGUAUGCAGAAUAUAACUGGGUAGAGGGAGAAAUGCUCAAAAGACAACGGCCCUCGACUGCCUCACCAUCGCACCUCCUGAUGGGUAACAACAAAUUCGUUGACAACCACUACAUCUCCGAGGGGACACUGACCCAGUUCCCCAUGGAAUCACGCGUGGAGGUCUGCACCCAAACUACAGCCGGAAACGAUCCAAUGGACCUGGCGAUCCAGACAGAACAGGUCUUCGACGACCAAGCAACUUUAGCUUUAGCAGCCGAGCUGUCCAAAGAUAAUCAGAAAAUCCCAAACGAUAUAAGUACAAAUUCGAACAUUACAUUACCACCAGGAAUGAACAGUUCACUGCCACCUGGUGGUAAUAUUAGGAAACGCUCACAUUCCAUUGAUAUCAGUGGAGGAAAUGCACUACCCACUACUGCAACUGCUUCAAUGGUAGUGCGUCGGAGGUCGUCAACCGACGUCAAUAGUUCGAUGCCGUUGCCGGCAGUGACUGAACCAGUUUCGAUAGACUUUCUCCGCUCAUCUCUGGAUAAUGCCCUUGGCGAUUCAGUCGAGAGGUCGUUUUUGGAAAGUCAUGAAGCGCUUGGCGACAGCCUGAUUGAACCAGAUCUGAAUAGUUUGUUGACGUCUUCAUUACCAACCCAACUCGAUGACCAAAAGUCCAAGAUGAAUCAUCUCAAAGACAUGCAUUAUAAAUGGAAGACAGUGCCACUGCCAGGACAAACCGAUAGCGAAGAGAAAAACAAGGAGAACACUAAAGGUGACAAGAAGGUGAAACGGUCAAAGACUUUCAAGGAGAUGUUAUUCAGGAAAAAGUCCUUCAAUAGAAAAGAUAAGGAGAAAAGUUCAGAGGGCAAAACGAAGAGCAAGAGUAAGCUUGGUGGGUUCAGUAUUCGGAAAAAGGCCAAGGACGACGACAACAAGUCCCGUAAGUCGAGCAGUAGCGGCAGUAGUGGGAAUAAGGCAGACGACGACAUACAGAGUUCUCUCAGCAGUGGCAAGAGCAGUAUGUACUGGCGACAGAAGGGGAGCUUUGAGUAUGGUGCCGGGACUCAGAUAAUGCUCGGGGACACUGCACAGCAUCCGGCACUAGCCAUGGUACUGGAACUGGCCAAGAAACUGCUCAAUGAUGAUGAAACUAAUGCUGUGAUGAGACAUAUAAAACAGUAUCACGAUACGGAAAAUGUCGAAGCGCUGGUCGCACCACUCAUGGCCAUUCUUGACAAACCGGAGAAGAUGUUGUUGCUUAGAGAGAUAAGGGAUGUCAUCAGCCCAACAGACCUCGGGCGGUUCGACAGCAUGGUGUCCCACCAAGAGAUGCGGGCCUAUGAAGAACUUGCUGCAAGGAUGUCAGAACUUUCAGCUGUUAUCAUGAGCCGGGGAAAACCAGAUUACGGGCCACCCAGAAAAACAUUAAUGGCAUCAAUACCAGACCACCGCGGCAACUUCCAUCUCAAGACGCAACAAGAAUUCGAAAAAGCCCAAGAACGACGCCAAGAACUAGAGCGUAAGCAACGGGAACUCUCGCAGAAAUUCCGGCGGGAAAAACUAAGCGAUUCGAGCGAGCACCUUCCGUUCCCAAACCUCUACGCAAAAGAGGACGCGUUGAAUCUUCCGAUCGAUAAUUUGAAAAUCACCGACCCCCAACAGGAAUUCGAAGAUGGCGUCCAGGUUGACAAUAAUCACGAUGACGACGAGCCUCUUUACGCUGUCAUCGACUACCGGAAGAAAAAGCGUAGCAUGAGUCUGAAUGAUGAUUCUCUCCGCUUGUCUUUGAGGGGGGAAGAUGGGAUGGAUGGGCUUGACGGUCUGGAUGAUUUGGCCAAAACCUGGACCGAGCCACUGAUGGCUAGCACGCCUGGACAACCUGUGUCGCCCCCAAAAAGUAUACUAAAAAUUGAGCGCAGCAAUCUCCGGAAAAGUUUAAACUGGGACAAUAGUACAAUAUCCGACCCUGAGGAUGCUGGGGAAAGUUCGGGGACGGAAUCCCGGACACUGGAAACAGUCCCAGAAUCACAUGAAGAAGACGACGUGGACAAAUCACCGUCAAGGAGUGCGGGAAGACGCCCUGUCACGCCACCUGUAAUGCCGAAAAUGAAAACAUUUGAAUUUACGUUAGAAGACAGUGGGCUGUCCCUGAGUACUCUCGCUGUGAGCGCAGAACUUUCAAAAUCUGAUUCGCAUUUGGAUGUGAGCAGUUCCGAGAAUGAUUAUGAGGAUUUGAACGCGUUCAGGAUGUUGGGGAAGAAACCUCACGUGGCUGGGUAUGACUUGGAGACUAGAACUUUACACAAUGUGAGAAGUUUAGAGCAGAAUGGUGUCGAUUUGGAAGAAGAUAGUGUGGCCCUUGUUAGUGUGAUGAAAAAAGAUGAGGAGAUUAUUUAUGAUUCUGUUCCCGGGACUGGGUAUAAUAAGAAUAUCAGACAACCGUCGAAAUUUACACGGCCAGUUUUUCAUGCACCGCCACCACCGAUGUCCCCUCCGCCACCUUUAACAACGUCACCACCACCUCCGCCUCCAUUGCCGAAGAUGCCGCCUCCGCCUCCGCCUCCAUUGCCGAAGAUGCCGCCUCCUUCUCUGGUGCCACCUAACGUGCAGUCGUCUAAUCAUGUCACCGCCGAUGUCAGUCGGGACGCGAUGAUAACGGUGGAACUUGCGAAGAAUCUCGCAUCACUUGGCAUCAGUAUAUCUGGCGGUUCUGACAGUGACAAGCAACCCGAUGUCCGGGUGGAGAAAGUGUUUCCCCACGGAGCAGCCAGAGAAGACGAGAGAAUAAAGGCUGGUAUGCAGAUCAUCUCCGUCGAUGACGAGGUACUUACUGAGGCAACGCAUCAUGAAGCUGUCGACCUCAUACGGAGGGCCUACAACAAUAAAAAAACCUCCAAGAUGACGCUAGUUCUUCUUCCAUAGAAUAGUGGACACGCUACGUCAUAAACACAAGAGGACUGUUUUCCUCCAAAGAGAGACAAAUGAUAAAUUUGUGGUUGUCCAUAAACAGUGGCUGCAUCAUUCAGAAUAGAUAUCUAUUUCGGUAUAUGUGCUGCAAGGGAUGGUACUUUUGACCUCAACUGUAUUUUGUAUCACAAAAUAGAUGAUAGUGACUGCUGAUCUCUGAUUUCACCAAAGCAAACUAUUGUGUUCAGCUCUUUAUAUGCAUUUAAAUAGGAAUGCGCAACAGUCUAUGUUGUAUUUUAAUUAGUGACCAUAACAGUCUAAACCAGACUUUUGUUUUUCAUGUGAAGAUGUAAAAGUUUCCAUCACCAGCACAAAGAUAAUUAAUCUUCUUUAUAUCUAAUGGAAACCUGCAAAAUUCAACACAUUUCAAUGGAUAGAUUGGACUGGACGUUUGCUGAAUUGAGGUGCAAUAUUAUAUUAUUUGAUAUGUAUGAUACAUGUACAUUGUUUUACCAAGCAAAGUACAUUUUGUAGUUUGCAGGUUUUGCAAAGGAUGUAGGUGAUAAUUAGGAGGUAAUUUUAGCUUGCAAUCACCUCAAUAUUUAGUAAAGCUGGCAAUGAGAAGGCAGAAUUUUGCUUCAGCUGUGCAGUGGGGCCAAGGGCAGUUCUAGGAAUUGGAGAUAGAGGAGUGCCACAGAGAUUGAGGUGAGCGCCCUGGUGCCAGUGAGUUUUACGUCAAUUUCUCAAAAUGUGGGGUCGAUUUCAGAGAAUGAGGGGAGGGAUGAAAUAUUUUAAACAAUUUCAUGCUAAAUUUGACAUUGUUCCUCUUUGUGUAGAUAGCUUGCACAGAAUUAAUUAGCUUAUUAUUUUCAUGUUCCACUUUGUGUAGAUAGCUUGUAUAUAGUUGAUCAGCAUAUUUCUUUUAGGAUGGGAAGUCGUUUUACAUGUUGAACAACCAGUUAAAUUUCAGUGGUAGGACAUUCUGAAAACGCAGCAAGCUCUUAGUUCUGUACAUUAAAUCCAGGUGUCACCUUGCUUGUUUCAACUUAAGAAGAUCUUGUUACCUCGGGACCAGCACUUGAAUGAUGUGAUACAUCAAAAUGAAGACUUUGGUGCACCUCCAAGAAAAAGAAUGACUUGAAUUAUUCAGCAAUCAGAUGUCAAUUAGUCAGUUCAGAGUCAACACCAAUACUUCCGGUCCUUCGGACUCUGCCUUGGCAAAUUCUCUCCUUCAAACACCAUCUCUGUUUUGCUGAAGUCACAAUGUCAACAGUUGCUACAUUAGUCUGUUUUACAAGGCAGCAAGAGAAGUGAAUGUAAAACCCUUGGUAAUCUCUUUCAGAUCUCAAUAAAGACUUGUUUCAACUGUUUUUAUAUUUCCAACAACUUUGAAAUGACGCCUACAAAGGUAUUUGAACUGAGGAGUUUGUAUUGGUUUCUAGUGUUUAUGAUACAUAUUUCCUGGUGUGGAGCAUCUGGCUUCAUUCCUGGUGUGGUGGCUACUUGUGUAAAGAGUCUGUUUUCAUUCCUGGUGUGGUAACAGAAUCUCUCUUUAUUCCUGGUGUGGUGAAAGAAUCCGUCUUCAUUGUGACAACAUUAUGUCUUCAUUCCUAGUACAUGUAUUGUCUUUUUACUCGAGGUUGUGACCAAUUUCAUAUGUCUUCAUUUCUGUGAUUGUGACUAAACUUUGUCUUCAUUUGAUCUUGGUGUUGUGCAUCUUGUGUGAUCUUGACCUUUUACACAGAGAUUAUUUUUAUGUCAAAUAUUGUGCAUGUUUAUAAUA